AUGGCCUCUUCAUCUCCCCUCGAUAUCUUGAUAUCCGGCGCUGGUAUCGCAGGACCGAGCCUUGCGUACUGGCUGAGUCGCUUGAUUCCAACCUCUCAAAUCACUAUUAUAGAACGCAGCCCCGAACCGCGUCUCGGUGGCCAAGCAAUCGACCUACGCUCAUCAUGCAUACCUAUCGUCAAGAAAAUGGGCUUGUUGGGCAAGGUCAAAGAGCUCCACACAACUGAAGUCGGCAUGCAAUUCGUGUAUAGAGACGGCCAAAGACGAGCCACAUUCGAAGCGAGCGGCGAGGAAGAGCGUCAGAGCGCAACGAGCGAAUACGAAAUCCUGCGCGGAGACAUGGCACGCCUCCUGUACGAGGCCACAAAGGACAAUGCCAACAUCCGCUACAUCUUCGACGAGAUGAUUGCUUCGGUCGCCGAACAAGACAACGACAAGGUCCAAGUGACAUUCAAGAACAAACUACCCCCAACACAAUACCACGUCGUCGUCGGCGCAGACGGCCAAAUGUCGCGCACCCGCCGCCUGGUCUUUGGCCACGGCCCCAACAACGACGACUACCUGCACCGACUCGGCCAGUACUCUGCGCUCUUCACCAUGCCGCGCGACGCCGCCCGCGACACAAACUACGCUCAGUGGUACAACGCGUCGCGGGGCCGCCUGUUUUUCCUGCGCCCGGACCGCCACGGCACAACGAGAACGUACCUCGCCGUCACCGAUCCAGAUCUCGCGCGCUUCACCGAAAUCGAUCGCCUGCUCAAGAGCGGGUCCCGCGACCAGCAGCAAGCGUGGUUUGCAAAUGAGUUCAAGGACGCUGGAUGGCAGGCGGACCGCUGCAUCCGCGAAAUGAGUGCCGCAGAGGACUUUUACAUGCAGCAGAUUGCGCAGGUGAAGAUGGAUACGUGGGUGAAAGGGCAUGUAGCGUUGGUGGGUGAUGCUGCGUAUUGUCCCAGUCCGAUAUCAGGUGUUGGCACCGGCGCCGCAAUCGUAGGCUCCUACGUUCUCGCCGGCGAACUGUCCCGCUCCCCCACCGACAUCCGCGCCGCCCUGGCAAACUACGAGCGCAUCACAAGACAGUACGUGGACAAGGCCCAGCGCCUGAUCCCAGGCGCGCCGCACAUUGCGAAUCCCCAGUCCGAAUGGGGCAUUUUCCUGCUGAGUAGCGUGACGGGCGUGCUGGCGCACCCCUUUGUACAGCGGUUUAGUGGUGUGCUGGGGAAUGCGAUUCCCGCGUUUGGAUCCACGACGGUUUGGAGUCCGCCCGAGUAUGAGGCGUAGCGGGAGAUUGUAAUUUUGUGUGUGUGUGUGCAGUUAAAUGGGUGUUGGGAAG